AUGUGCCAAGAGAAAAAAAGGAAAAGGGCGGUUUUUCUAGCAUGUGCUUGGGCGUGGUAUUUUGUCUUGGGUAUGGGUAUGGGUAUAGUCAUUGUCCGGGAUGUGGGAGGAGAGGAAGGGAGGGAGGGAGGUUCGUGUGCUAGCUUGCUUUUGGCAUUGGCAUUGGCAUUGCCAAUGAUAAGCAGAGCAUACACAGAGUACACACCUCUAAGGCAAAAAAGUCACGCACCCUGUCCAAACUGA